AUCGCUCAGCUAGUGCCACGCUCCACAUCAGUGCCUACUAGUGCCUACAUUCCUGACUCACACACACACACGUACACAAACAGACAGACACACAAACACAGACACAAACAUUGACAAACAAGACAGAUAGACAAACAGGUAAUAUAUAACAAACAAAUAAACAAACAGGCAUAUAAUUAACAUAACUUACAUGCUCAGAGAGAGAGAGAGAGAGAGAGAGAGAGAGAGAGAGAGAGAGAGAGAGAGAGAGACGCUCAAACAAACUAAUAUCAAACUUACACAUAAAUAGACACGAAUAGAUAAAAGCAAACAAAAAAAAAGAAAGGAAACGAUUAUAGAAAAAAAAAAGGACAAGUGGAAUUAUAGAAGGGAGGUGGUAUGGCGUCACGGAAUCAGCUGACGUCAUGGCGGAGAGCGAUGACGCAACAGGGCAGCAAAAUGUCGUUCUUCGGGGGAAACGUCUUCGCCACGCCCGUUGGCCAGAAAAUAGAGCAGGCCACAGCUGAGACCCUACCCUCUGAGGACUGGGGACUGAACCUGGAAGUGUGUGACCUGGUGAAUGAGUCUGAGGAUGGACCUCGCGAUGCCAUUAAGGCCAUCAGGAAGAGGCUCACCACACAACCCAAGAACUACACUGUGGUCAUGUACACCCUCACUGUGUUAGAGGCUUGUGUAAAGAACUGUGGCAAGAGGUUCCACGUCCAUGCCUGCAGCAAGGACUUUGUGCAGGAGCUAGUCAAGCUGAUUGGCCCCAAGAAUGAACCACCACCGUCUGUCCAGGAGAAGGUCUUGUCCCUCAUCCAGUCUUGGGCAGAUGCAUUUAGACACCAACCAGAGCUGUCUGGUGUGAGUCAGGUGUAUGCUGAGUUGAAGCAUAAGGGAGUGGAGUUCCCAGCCACCGACCUUGACACCAUGGCACCGAUCAUCACUCCUCAGAGGACCUCAGGAGCCCCAGAACCACGCAGCAUCCCCCGUCCACCCACCUCUGGCACUGGUGGGGGCAUGAUGGCCACCUCACCGCGUCGCCAGGCCCCCCACCACCCUGCUCCUCCCGCCCCCACCUCCCCUGCAGCCCCGACCACACUGACUGCCGAGCAACGGGCCAAACUACACAGUGAGCUUGACGUGGUGGAGUCCAAUGCUAAGGUGUUGGCAGAGAUGCUGACUGAGUUGAGUCCAGGAAAGGAGCAUCAGGAGGACCUACAGCUGCUUCAGGAGCUGCAUGCCACCUGCCGUGCCAUGCAGCAGCGGGUGGUGGAGCUGGUGGGUCGAGUCAGCGAUGACCUCCUUACAGCUGACCUCCUGAGGAUAAAUGACAACCUCAACAACCUUUUCAUCAGGUACGACCGCUACAUGAGUAAGGUUAAGAGCGCCGGCAGCCCCAGCAAGACACCUCCUCAGACCCAGCCAGCCGUGCCACCCCCCCAGCAACAGCCAGCACCGGAAGUCUCCCUCAUUGACCUGGCUGAUGAAGCUCCCUCUGCACAGCUGGCAUCCCUCAGUGUAACUCCAGCUGUGGGUGCCUCUCCUCAGAAGGUUAAGAAGAAUGAGGAUGCAGACUUUGACAUGUUUGCCCAGUCCCGGACAGCCACCUAUGAGAACACCAAAACCAGCAGCAGCACUUACCAGGACAACACAGAAGCAGACACCACGCCCUCCUCCCUGGGGCGUGUGGCCCAGGUGCGGCACAACCCUGAGGCACUGUGGCAACAGAAAGACACUGACUUUGAAGAGAUGGAGGCCUGGCUGAAUGAGCAACCCGUGCCAGCACCACGGGAGGAGACCAUAUCGUCCUCAGAAUUCGACAGGUUCUUGGAGGAACGUGCAGCAGCAGCGGAUGCCCUGCCCACCAUCACUGCUGCCACUGGGUCCUCUGGUCCCCGGCAGCGCACUCUCGCCCGAGACGACAAGGACACCAACCAGAUGUUUGCUCUCUGAGACCCUGGACCUCCAGCUGGCCCCACCCUGCCUUUGGGGCUGGGCUCACCCCAGGGCGGGAUGCACCACCUCCCUGCUGGAGUCUUGAGGGAAUGAUGUGUGGUGAGUCCAGCACAGUCAUUCCAGGCUGCCAGGACCUGUGGGGCCCUGCAGUCACCCUGCACCUCGUACGGUGUGUUCUGUGAUGCUGCCUCGUCUGUUCCUCAAAUGCUGCUGUGCCGGCCACCAAGGUGCGUCUUGUUGCCAGAAUUUGUCCGGCUGGUGCCGCGGCCACUGACGUACCAGACAGGCUCACUGCUGCCCUGCCCUGGGGGUGUAUAGCCGGCCACCCCCUGUCCCCUUAACUAUUCAUCAAUAAUAAGUUUAAUAUAUUUGAUAUAAUGUUAAAUUAUUUUCAAUAUUUUUAACAUACUAGAAACAAAGCAUUCUUCCCACUGUAUAACGGAGGUAGACUUGGAUUACCUAGACUUUUUUGUGCAUACUUCUAUCUUUUCAAUACUAAUUUAAAAAUGCAAUUUUUACACUAUGAUUGGAAAUAUACAUGUAUACAUAUACACUCUGUAGAUUUAUGCACAUCUGUCUAGAUAUGUAGAUCUGUAUAGAUGGCUCCCAUUACUAUAGAGAUUUACAUAUCAAAUAUUUGUACCACGAAUUUAUAUACCAUAGAGAUUUAUGGGUAUACUACAUGUAACUAUAAGUGAAAUGUAUGCUGUGUUUAAAAAUUAAUCAAAAAUUUUUAAAGUACUUAGAUGAAACCAAACAAAGUUGUAUUAAUGCAUCUGCUAAUUGGUGGGCCACCACUGUGUUGUGACGGCUUGCCCCGCUGGCCGCGAGCAAGGCUGCUGCUCUCGUCUCUUGACCUGUGUACUCCCUUGUGCCUUCCUGACGCACCGCUGCCGCUGUCGCCACCUCCCUCUUCCUGUGGGUUUGUUAACAUGUUUAUGGUAAUGAGUGUGUUUCCUGUUUGGCUGUUGGAAGACCUCAAGAAUGUAUUUUUAUCUAGCUUAUUGAACUUUCCUUUCCCAACUGACUCAUUUGCAACAGACAAGAAACUAGUAAUUUGACUCCAUUUUUAUUUAUAUAUGUAAAAUAUUAAACAAGAACAUUUCCUCCUUCCUUAGGCUAUCUUGACAACCCAGGAAGCGAGAGUGCUUGCCUGGGGUCAUGUAGUUGAUGUAGAUCUUUGGCAGCUUGAGGAAAGUCCAUUUUAGAAGGCACAGGUGAGACACUGCUCUUGUCACAUUAACCUUUCAAGGACUAUCACAAUGUCACUUAAGGCUACAAUGAGCUGACUCAGACAACACCACUUUCACAUCUGACUUAGCAGCAGGUAUAACAACACAGGAAAGAGCACAGACCAAACAACAGUAUACAAACUGUUGCCUCCUGCCAGAUCUCUCAACUACAGUCACCAGCAAUGUACGAGUAUUUGGCAGAUACUUUAAAAAAUAAAUGGGAAAUCUAUA